GAGACAGGCACGAUAUAAAGACUCUGCUUCAGAUUACAGCCUCACACCUCUCUGCUGAACUGCUCCAUUACACACAGCCUAACCUGCACGUAUACAAGGAACCAUGGCAAAGCGUGUUGCAGUUAUUCUCUCAGGCUGCGGAGUCUAUGACGGCACAGAGGUCCACGAGGCCUCUGCUGUCCUCGUACAUCUGAGUCGAGCUGGAGCUAAAGUGCAGAUGUUUGCUCCAAACACAGAGCAGAUGCAUGUUGUCAACCACUGUGAUGGGAAACCCACAGAGGAGAAAAGAAACGUCCUGCAGGAAAGUGCUCGCAUUGCCAGAGGUGAGGUGACUGAUCUGGCCAAGUUGGAAGUUUCAGCCUUCGAUGCCGUCAUCAUCCCAGGGGGCUUUGGUGUGGCAAAGAACCUGAGUGACUGGGCAGUGAAGAACAAGGACUGCACCGUGCAGCCACAUCUGGAGAAGCUCCUCAAGGCUUUCCACAAGGCUGGAAAGCCGAUGGGCAUGUGCUGCAUCUCCCCCGUCCUCGCUGCCAAAAUCCUGCCCGGCUGUGAGCUCACUGUGGGACAGGACAAGGAGUGUGAAAAGUGGCCGUACGCUCAGACCGCAGGCGCUAUGAAGGAAAUGGGCUGCAAACACGUCAACACAGAUGUGGAGAAAGCUCACGUUGAUGUUAAAAACAAGCUGGUCACCACCGCUGCAUUCAUGUGCAAUGCUCCCAUUCAUAAUGUUUUUGAUGGAAUAGGGGUCAUGGUUAAAGAGACACUGAAGCUGGCCUAGGAGGUCACUGAUUACACACUGCAUGGCUGUGAUUAAUUAUUGUGAUUUUCUAUACAAACACGGUGUUCAAUAUAGAGUUAUAGCAGUGAUGUCUGUGUUGUGUUGUUUUGAGAUUUUCAAUAAAAUUCACUCUUCGAAUUACAA